CUCUCAUUUUCUUCCCACUUCCUCAUUUUUGAAAGAUUGUUCAAAUAAGGCAGCGUUGCCACUUUGAGGGCUGGGUUGUGAUCUGUAUAAAAUGAUGCCCUGUUUCUGACUGCAUUCACUACGACAUCACCAGGCGUCUGAGCACAGCAUCCAUCAGAGAAGAUUCUCCCACAGAGCAGGACUAUCAGGUCCUGUGAGCAGCAGCAGUGAAGAUGGCUGGAUUCUCCUGGAUAUCUGGGACUUUAGCCCUACUGCUGAUUGCUGGAAACUGUGUUGCUGCUGUGGAUCAGAACCAGCUUGCACAACUCGUUAAUGAGAUCUGGGGAAAGUACAAAAUAAACCGAAUGUUCAGUCUGGCAGCAAGCAUCCCAGAGAAGAAAAAUAUGAACCAGCAGUACGAUGCCAAGCAAGUCUUUAGCAAUGAAAAUGGAGAAGAAGUAAAGAUGGAAAUAAAAAGGGGUAAUGUGUUUAACAAAGGCAGAAUAGUUGCUGCGACACCUCUGAAAAAGAAAGACAAAACUGGAAAAGAUACUCAUGCAGAAUACCGUGUUCUACAAAACUUUGACACCUUCAUCAACAACAAUGAUGAUAAGGCUCACGAUUUGUUGCUUUUUUACGUUCUCGGAUCACCAUGUUACGAUCAGUGUACCAAUGAAAGUGAUGAGUUAAACAUUCUUCGUUUUUUGGAUCAAAUUAAGAAAUGGAAACAUUAUGCUUUUGUAUUCACUUACAUAUUCAAAUCCAAGACUUCAAAUCAGUCCACUCAGAAACAGCGCAGAGAAGCCCUUGAGAAGAUUGGAAUUCGUCUUGGUCUUGAAAACAUUUUCCGUUGUGAAAUGUCAGGUGAUCGCAUGCAGUGUUCAAGCUGUUCUGCUAAGAAACAGGUUGCAGACUAUUGUGUUUUAUACCCUGAUGAAGAACCUGAUUCCAAUCAAAGGCAGCCACCCACUAUACCUAAUGUACCUGGUAAUAAUGCAAAUCAAGCAAUUGCUUCUUCCUCGCAAAGGGGUCUUGAUAAUGGGAAUAGAAAUGAUGUGAGUACAGGAGGAAGAGACAAUGGAGGAGACAAUGGAUCGAGCAGAUGUAGCGGAGGUGGAAACAGACUGCUUAACUGUUUACGUAACUGUUUCAGAUGUAUUAGACGGGGCAGGAGUCUUGAAAGAAAUGCUGCAAACAUGAAGUGAAAGGAUUAGAUUUCAACCCAAGACAUGACAUUUUUUCUAACCCUAACCAAGCUCCUGGUUGCUGGUCCAUGCCACCAACAACCCUUCCUACCCACUAAUGUGGACUUUGUCACUCUUUAAAACUCCACAUUACAGGCCACAAAAACAACAUUAAUUUCAAAACAAAUUGAAAUUCCUUUCAACAGAAAUUUGAGGAUACAGUUGAUCUUUAUUGAAAUGUAUAUAUGUGGAGACAGGAGUGUAACAGCAAGACUAUAAGUCUAAAGCCAUACUGCGUCCUCUGUGAAGCUGAUCUUACCAGUGCUUUGAGCUAAAUGCUAUUAAUGACAAUACUACACUGUUAAAAUACCAUGUUCACCAUUUUAGUCUGUCAGAUUUUGUGCCAAUCCAUGCAGAUGUUGAGAUGUUUUAGUCCGGCCCUAAGUGGUGAAUUGAAUUAUACAGAUCAGCUACCUGACGUUAGCAUUCACAGAGCCACGCAGCUCACAACAGGAACAUAAUAAACUAAGAAAGUUUCAGUUCAACAGGCAUGUUUUCACACAUUUCUUUACUUUCAUCUUCAUAUAAAGAUAAUCAUAUGAUUCCAUAAUUUCUAAGUCAUUGCUAAUCAUGUCACCAAGUCAAUUUAUUUAUGGUUAUUCCAAUGAGCUUUUUAAAAAAAAAAAAUUAUUUCUUUGUUUUCUCCUUCAAAUGUUUUUACAUUUCAUUUGAUGUUGUAAAAUUUCUCCACAGCCUGUAAUUUUCUACAUUCUGGACAGACAACCCAUGAUCUAAUCUGAUAUUCUCUUUUUGCUGAUUAAAGCUUGGCUCUGCAUGCACUCUGAUGUGUCUGUUGUCAUUUAUUUCAGAAGCCCUGUACUCUUACAUGUCAACACUUUGGUUUCUCUCAGCUAAACAGUGCAACCUUUUCCUAAUCACCAGUUUGACAGCCCUCCAUUCAUUCAAAAGAAUCACUAAACAUCCUGAUAGUGUGAUUUUUCAGCUGUAGUUUGUUUUUCACCAGAGUGGAGAAAGUUUUGAAUGAAUUUAGAGUCUCAUCUGAAAAGUUCUACACUGGGAUGGAACCAGUAGUCUUGGUGUCACUGUGAAUAAAUUUGACUGUUGGAAAUCUAAUCUUUCCCUGGUUCUACUCGUUUGACUACUUUUCACCUGGACGUUUCUUCCAGUGCUACACAGAAGGUUUCUCAUUCCUUCUAUGGAGGAUCCUUUCAAAGCUUUUCUGAAUCAUGGCUCAUUAUUGGGGGAAAAUGUAGAUGAUAAUGUAUGAUGACACAAACUCUGCUUGCUGAUAAACACAUUGAUCCAUCCCACACAGUGCAUCUAAAACAGCCUGUAAUGGCCUCAGAGUGAAGCCUGUCUGUCUCCGUAUCACACAAACCUGUCCUAUUGUCAGAACAAGGGUCAGCGAAUAACAUUAAACAGAUAAAUCCAAUACCACUAAAACGUUCAGCUUCCUGUCCAUACACGUAGUUUGGAUUUUUCCAUUGUUGAUCAUUUGGAUGGACAUUAUUUGAAGCUUAAAACAUGGAUUUACUUGGAAUGAAGGAAAGUCUGUUGCAGUGCCAAGAUAAAAUAUUUGCAUUUCAUUGACAAGAUCUUUAUGAAUUCUCAUUUUCAUUCUUCAGUUUUGAAUAAAGUCACAUGGCAUCCACUUGAAUGUCCCAUUAAGGUCAUGGUGCCUCUGUUAGGGGUUUGGCCACAGUCUCAUUCUUCUCUUUAAAAUGUCUUUUCCUUCCAACCAUCUUCAU